GGGAUAGUUCACCGGUGGGAAUAUGAAGGUUUUAUGAAUUAAAUAAUUCAAUGUAUUAUAAAUGUGAAAAAAAAUUGAAAUUGGUUCAUCCUAGCCUGAAAAAAGGCAGAAAGAGUGUUUUCAUGGUCUCUCUGGCUCAAAGUGAGAAAACCUCCAACUACCACAGUGCAUUGCGCUCGCUGCCCCGCCCACCUCUUUCCGUUUAAAAGGGGGAAGGACCCAUGCGAGCAAACAAACUUUAUUCACGAAGUUAUUCACGAACCGUCGUUGACUAGUUUUGACUCGUUUUUCCAAAAGCAAUCAUGCCCAGUGGUUGUUUGGUACCCGGUUGCACCGAAAAGUCGAGGUUGGGACAGAGUGUAAGUUUUCACAGUUUGCCAGUGAAAGACGCUCAGCGUUGCAAACUAUGGCUGCGGGCGAUAAACAACCCCAGAGUGUGAGAAGACACCGGGAUGGAAAUUAUAAAAGGAAAAACGAUAUGCAGUCUCCAUUUCAAACUGGAGGAUUUUGAUGGGAGACUUUUCGGCAAGAUAAGGUCCGCACUCAAACCAACUGCUGUUCCGUCCGUCUUCGCUGUGGGCACGUUCCCAGGUGACGAACAGGCCGGGGCUUCUAAUGCACCUCCCGCAGCGAAACGCAGUCGCCUACAGAACGCUGAUAGUGGUCAUGGCGCAUUCACUCUCUCUGCAUCCUCCAACCCGCUGAAGACCUUCCCUUUGACAUCCACACCAGUGAAAACCUUUCCCUCGGACCAAGGACUAUCGACAUCGUGCCCCGACACACCUGGGACCCUUGAUUCAAGUUUUAGCACUGUGGGUGAAGCAGACGAAAACUUUCAGCCCAACACAACUGUCACCCCCACGUCAACGUCUUCAUCAGAAGAUGAAGGCAUCAAUGACUGGCAUGGAAAGAAGAUCAUUGUGAAUGAGUCCUGCUUGAUGUCACUUUUCAAAUUUUGCCAGAUGUGCGGCAAGCCUCUGUCAUCAAAAACUGUCUUUGACUGUGGGGCGCAAAGGAAGGUGACGUGGACAUGUCUUGCUGGACAUUCCGGGACAUGGAGAUCAUCGCCUGAAGUGAGGGGAAUGGCAGAGGUGAACCUCCUCGCAGCGGCAGCUGUUGAGUUCAGGGGUGGCACGUACACUGAACUGUCAGACUGGUGCAAGACCAUGAAUGUCCAAAUGAUCGCCAAGACUACAUUUUAUGAGAUGCAGAAGGCUUACUUGCACCCUGCCAUUGAAGACCUAUAUCAACAACAGAGAAAAGAAAUCAUGGCCAGAGUGUACCUAGAACAGGAGGAUGGGAAGAAGCUACACUUGUCAGGGGAUGGCCGGUGUGACACCCCAGGUUUCAGUGCCAAGUACUGCCAUUACACCCUCAUGUUGGACGACACCAAGGAGAUUAUUCACACAGAACUGCUGCAGGUAAAUAAAAGAUUAACACUGGAAAAUAAAAAUAUAUGUUAUUAUUGCUGCUGUGAAAAUUAUUAUUCAAUUCAAGUAACUAUUCAACUUUAUUUUCUAGUCUACAGAAGCCGGCAGCUCUCUUGCCAUGGAACCACUCGGUUUCAAAAGGGGCAUGAAUGAGAUCAUGGGUGAUGGCUUAGAUAUUGAGGUGAUGACCACGGACCGUUCAACAUCGAUACGCAAGAUCAUGAGGGAAGAAUUCCCCGAUGUUCAGCAUGAGUUUGACAUCUGGCAUACAGCGAAAGGUUUGAGGAAGAAGAUACAGAGGAAAGGAGCAAUUAAAGGGAACGAAAUUAUUGCUGCAUGGAGCAGGUCAGUGUUGGUUUGUAAAGUGCCAAGCUUUUCAUUGUUUUGUAAGUUUCUAAAUUACAAAUUUUCUUUUCUUUCAUAGGUCAAUCAUAAACCACAUGUGGUUUACCUGUGCAACAAGCAAGGGUGAUACAGAGAUACUGAAAUGCAGAUGGCAGUCCAUUCUACACCACAUGUGUAAUGAGCAUGAAUGGACAGAGGAUGAUGGACAAACAAACCGGUGUGGACAUCAUCCUCUAACAGCCCAGGAGCAAAGCAAGCGCCAAUGGAUGAAGAGGGAGUCUUCAGCGUUUGAAAAUCUCGAAUCGCUGGUAAAUGACAAAAGGCUUUUGAAAGACCUGGAACAGAUGGCCCUUUUCAAACACACUGGGCCGCUGGAGAUCUUUCACAGUGCAAUGCUCAAGUACCUCCCAAAAAGGCAGGGAUUCUCUUUCCAGGGAAUGAGAGAAAGGGGUCAUCUUGCAUGUUUGGAGCACAAUGAAAACAUUGUCAAAAGAAAGCAGGCCACAACCAAGACAGGACAACCACGCUUCAACCAAGUGUUUUGCAGGAGAUCCAAGCAGUGGGUCGUGAAGCAGAUUUUUAUUCCACACACCACCCAGUUCAUUGACACACUUGUCACAAGUGUUAUAACCAGAAGACGAAACCCAACGAUUCUAUAUAAGGUUUCAACAUCCUCACUUGCCCUGCCCCAGCCUGCGCUGCCACCUAACAUUGCACCAGUGCCAAAACCACCAAAGGAGGCGGCAGUGGCUGAAUUAAAAAGGCGCUUCUGAGAGGGACAUCUGACCUAUUUUAUCUAUUUAAACGUAUUUUAUAAAACAUUUGUUUUCAAUCUUAUCUUUGUAAAUAUUGGAUCAUUUUCCUUUGUGAAUAAAAUCUUAUUGUUUUUACUACCUUA